AUGUUGUUAUUGUUGUUGUUCCUGUCCGUCUCUCUCUUCCCCCUCCCCGGGACCAUGACGGGCGCUUCCUCCCGGCGGCCCUGAGAGGGAAAAGCUUCGGUGGCCGCUUCGCUCGGAGCUUCGGAGGAGGCGGCGGCGGCGGUCCAAGAAGCGGCGGCUGCUGCUCUUGGCUCUCUCUCUCUCUCUCCUUCUCUCAUCCUCGGCCUCUUCUGCUUCUUCUUCCUCUUCCUCGCGGCCCGGCCUGGCCCGGCCAUGGCGGACUUCGACGAGAUCUACGAAGAAGAGGAGGACGAGGAGCGGGCCUUGGAGGAGCAGCUGCUCAAGCACUCGCCGGACCCGGUGGUGGUGCGCGGCUCCGGCCAUGUCACUGUGUUUGGACUGAGCAACAAAUUUGAAGCAGAAUUUCCUUCGUCCUUAACAGGAAAAGUUGCACCUGAGGAGUUUAAAGCCAGCAUCAGCAGAGUGAACAGCUGUCUUAAGAAGAACCUUCCGGUCAAUGUCCGAUGGCUGCUUUGUGGCUGCCUUUGUUGCUGCUGUACUUUAGGUUGUAGUAUGUGGCCAGUGAUUUGCCUCAGUAAAAGAACACGAAGAUCGAUUGAGAAGUUAUUAGAAUGGGAAAACAAUAGGUUAUACCACAAGCUGUGCUUGCAUUGGAGGCUAAGCAAAAGGAAAUGUGAAUCGAAUAACAUGAUGGAAUAUGUCAUUCUUAUAGAAUUUUUACCAAAGACACCAAUUUUCCGACCAGAUUAGCAUUUGCUUUACUUUAGAGACUUACCCAAGUAUAUUGUCUUUUUUUCCAAUGGUGCCUUGCUUGGUGCUCUCCUGGUGAUGAUAUAGCAUUGGUUCUACAUAAUAUUGUGGUUUCUUCAUUCUUUUCUUUUGUAACGGCAUGUUCAAAGUGCAUUUUGUCAAAUUUUGCGGAAGUCAUUUCACGCAGACGUCAGUGUAAUUUAUUUCCUGUCCCUUUUCCGUUGUUGAUGUAUCCUGAUUUUUCCAGAGACUUUAUAUAUACAUAUAUCUAUGUAUGUGUGUGUUUCUGUGUGUGUAUAUAUACAUAUAUAGCUAUAAACAUAAAACCAAAAAUAGCUAUAAGUGAGAAGUUAUUUUUAACCCCAUAUAAAUUGUGAAAAUUGGCAAUCACUUUAAUCUAUGCACUUGCAUCUUCUCUGAAUCUCUGCAUAUUUUGCCAGCGACAUACUUGUAUAUAUCAGAGUUUUUCCUUCUCCUUUCUGGAACGUAAAUCAGCCACCUGUGAGGCGACAAGCAGCAUUUCUUGACACCCAAACAUUGGUUCACCUUUGCGCAUUUCUCUAUUCCAUGAAGAAGUACCAUCUGCUCUGAAGAUGUUCUUCUCAAGAAACUUGAAAUUGGAUUGCUAGUAUUCCACUAGAAGAAUUUGUGAUAGAUUUGCAUGUGUUCAGUGGUUAAUACUGCUCAGGAUCAUAAAAAUAAUUAGUAUUUCAUGGGGGACUGGUACACACGAAAGACUGGUCAAUCCUGAUGUGAAUAAGAGAACUGGGAUUGAGGGGGAAGUGGAAUUUGUGAUCUCCAAACCUGCUCCCAAUCUCUUAAUCCUUAAUCCUGGUUCAGAAUAGACCAGUUUUUUGUAUGUGUGCACCUACUCUGUGUGUGUGUGUGUGUGUGUGAGAGAGAGAGAGAGAGAGAGAGAGAGAGAGAGGGAGAGAGAGAGAAAUUAUGUAUGUACAUACUGUGUGGCUAAUGCCAUGUAACAGCUUUACUGUUUUUAUUGUUUACUAGAUCUAAUAGUACACAUGGAUGCAAGCUUGUCAGAAAAAUAUUUGUUAAAUACUUCAGUAGUUUGAGUUUUUAAAUGUUGCAGUGUUUGGCUCCAGGUCAGAGAAAGGCAGUCUCAAUUCCUAUUGAAAUUGAUGGGUUACGUUAGUUGUGACUAACUUUUAAAAUCCCAUUAAUUUCAGCGGGAUUUGAGCACAGUUAAGUUCCUAUAAUUAUUUCAGGUGGAGUCUUUGUAUGUAAAACAUUUACAACAUUGUACCAGAAGCUACAGAUGUGUUGAUGAUUUUUACAUCUGUUUAUCAGAUGUGCAAAUCAAAAAUUAGUGAUUUGGCUGAAUAGCUUACUGAAUGUACUGGAUAAAUACUUACUGCAUCCCAGCUUUUUUUCUCUUUUCUAUGUUUACAUGGUUAGCUUUCUGUUUAUUGUUUGCACAAGAAAGCAUUAAAAGAAAUGGACAUGUGAUAGUAUGCUUUGGUCAGGGCAGUUUUUAGUUUUUUGGCUGUGCAUAUCUUCAUAUACUGUGUUAAAGCCUACUUAAUACAACUAUUUCUGAAAAGCUUGGGGUUGUUGUUUUUUUAGCUUAACGUACAUGAACUAUAACAUAUGUUAAGGGCCCAUUCUUCAUGUAGCAGAGCAAUAAUGUGAAUAGCCAACAAAUGCAUUCUGCUUACUAUUUGUACUAUGAAAAGUUUACCCCACUGCAAGGAUUCCAUUUUCCUUCAUUUAAAUACAGUUUCACUUUAUUGUCAUUAUACAGAUAUGUUUAUUGUGUAUUUUUCAAUGCUUGCUGUUCAUAGCAGAUCUUCAUUAGGAGAUGCAUCUUUUGUAAAGGAAAGAAUUUCCAGGAAAGUAUUUCAAAUCACCUUUUGUCUGGGUUCUAUUUUUGCAUAUCACAAUAUACAGUUCUUCCAAAAUGUUCUUUUAAUCUGGUAAUAAUUGGGCAUGAUCUGGCCAAAGUUAGGCAUUUCUAUAUCACAUUGAUUUCAGCGGGACUCUUUCCCACUGAAAACCAUGCAGUUGGCUUUGGCUGGCUCAUGUGCACUGCUCUUUGCAGACAGUAUCUGUCUGUAUGCUUUUUAAAAUAUAAGGGCUUUAAAAAUGUGUAGUCUUAAACAAGUAUCCAAAAACGAUCGUUUGCUGUCCAUGAUCUGCUUUUCCUUGAAGAAAGAAUUAUAAAGCAUUUCCCCUUAUCUAUGAGCAUUCUAUUGUAUGUGUUAAAACAUUUGCAUGCUUUGGAAACACCUUCAUAAUACAGACUUGGGCCAUAAUCUAACACAGUUUGGUUUAUCUGAGGAGGCUUAAUUGUGGCUAGAUCUGUGCUGGAUUGUGGCCUUGAUUAAGACGGAAAAUCCAUUGGUAUUGUUCAACUGACCAGAGCCUUUGUAAAAACUGGCUCCUUUCCAGAAUUCUGGGGCCUUAGGCUUCUCCAUUCACUUUCAUAAAGGUAGGAAUUCUUCUCCAUCUCUUUGCAUGUGCUGAGUUUCCAUGUCUAUCGAAGCAAAUGGAGAAUCCCUUGCAUGUGCAAGAACUCUAUCUGCAUGUUGGAGUUCCUCUGUGUAUGUAAGUUGCUGGUGUGCAGAGACUAGAUUUUAGAGUCACCGGUGCAUUAUUCAGUAGAACUCCUUGUCCUAUUUGUUACUUCAUCCAGCAGACUUUUCGUCAAACUAAUCUUCCGAAGGGCAGUUGUAUACUGCCUGCUUGCAAUAGGAUUUGUAUUUUCUGUUUUCUGUAAAGGGUACGUCUUGCAUGUAAAGUUAGUUUGGACUAGGUAGACCCCAAGGAGGGAGAGAACCACUUCAAUAUCUCACCAACCUUCAUGUCUAAGUGGGUUGAGACCAUCUGUUGGGUGACUUAGCAUGCGAAUGACUCACACGGGUGGUCUCCUUGUGCGAACAGCAGAACCUGAAAUGAGGGGUCUUGCAUGUCAUCACGGAGGAGAGGAAUUGUGAACGUAAAUCACAUGCAACUUUCCUGGUCACAGAUCUCAUGGAAGACAUCUCAUGUUAUGCAACUCAGGCAAUCCGACCCUGUGGAGAAGCGUUACUUGCAUGAGUCAGCAGGAGGAGAUGGUUUCAAUCCACAUUUGACCACCCUCUUGGCUUCUUCUGUAACUGCUGCUUUGGCAGUCUGUUUGAAUGAUACGGAUUGCUGCUUGUUAUUUCUUGUUUUGUAUACAUUUCACUUACCAUCUUGUUGUUUUUAUCUGCUUGGCUUUUUGAAGCGUGGGUGGGGAGGGGAAGUUGGACCCUCCAGCAUUUACAAGCACAAAAAUGAGUAGUAGCUGAAUUCUUCCAGUAUGCAUAUUUUGAAAUGUAGCUGCUAAUGGGGGUUACUAUAUGGCUGACUUUUUAAAAAAUCAACCAUUUUUCAUCCCAUGUAGUGGUAGCAAUAUAUUUGAAAACACGAUAGUGAAAAAUGCUACAAAGACGCAAACACGGAGGCAAAUAAAAAAUCCCAAUUAUUUCCCCUCAAUUCCAUAUAAAGAUAUUUCAGAGGCAUGUUCAGAUUUAUUUAAGUGAGAGUGUUGUGGGAUGCCAUCUAAAGGCGGCUGAUACUUUUUGUUCAUUUUAAUGGAGCAGCUGGGUACAUGCCCAUAAGUAUUCAAACAUGGGCAUUUCCCCCCAGCUUUGUAACAGUUUUUAUGUGGUGCAUGAUGUCACAGUACAAGUUGCCCCGUCUUCAUCUGAAGUUUGUUUGGUUCAGAACUGUGGAUGAUGCAGGAAACUGAAAACAGCCCAUCAGGUGCCUCACAGACUUCCUGCUUUUACAGGCAGGUAGCAAAAAUUGAUAUAUCAAAUCCCUGAUAGGUUACCAUAUGACUUAUUCCCCUGCCCUCCAGUAAAGCAAGCAUUUUCGUAGUACAGGCUUUAAGAACAUGUGCCCUAUUAUUCAUUUCAUAGUUACCAGGAGAGCUUAAGGCUACACACUUAACUAGAGAGCAAGUCCCAUUCAACUCAAGAAGACAUGCUUCUCUGAGUAACUGGCGUAGAAUUGCACUGUAAACCUUUUGACAGCAAAAAACAAAAUGAAAGAACCCUCUUGUAAGGAUUAAGUAAGAAUUAACAGCUCUCUGCCAGUUCAAAUAACCUUUUUCCUUCUGUAUAUGUAGCACUGAAAGAUGAAAGUUGCAUCAAGAUGUAUUACUUCUCCUUAGGUAAGCAGGAGUUUGAAUUCCUCCCUAUAUUUUGGUUCUUCAGCACAUUCAGCAGUUACCUAUUAUUCUGUCCAAAGGCUAUGCAUCAGAAAUUUGGUCAAUGUAUUCUGUAUCAACACUUGCAGUUAAAAAAUUGAUUUGAGUGCAGUAUAAGCACACGGGCAACUAUAAAUUGCAUACUACAUUUCAAUUGCUCUUUGUUUUGUGCCAAUUAUUCCUGUCAGAUGAAUGGCCCAAUUGAAAUAUUCAGUGAAAAUGUGCUACUUUGGUUAGAGAAUGUAACUUACCUUCAGUAGAGGGAAUAACAAAGUGUUUCCUUAAUGUUUCUGUGCACGGUAUUUUUCACAGUUUGGGUUUCAUGUCAGCCAGCUGUAAUUGCUAGCAUUAAAUUUAGAAAUAAACAUGCUCCAACUGUACCAUUUUCCUGAAAAUUAAAAUCUCAGUCUAGCAGCCUAUAUAAAACUUCUUAACACAAAACAAAACAAACGUAUUGUACAGUAUCAUCUUUAGAAAGUUGAAUAUGGGUUUGUAUUUAAAUAAGCUGCCUGUUUUGAUUGAAUUGUAGUUUUUUUUGUUGAAAAUUUAAUUCCUGUUUCGUUAACAUAGUUAAACAUCAUGCACUAUGUAUGUUUCAGUGAAAUACAUGUUUUUCAGUGUGUUACUUCCGGCUUGACACUUAAGGUUUUUGGAAUACUAACACAGGGCAAUUUAGAGUAGGUUAUACCAAUAGGACAAUGCGACAAAGCAUGUCAUUUUGGUAGUUUGGCAGAGAUAUUGCAGUGGUAUUGUGAGCAGCUAAUAUUUAGCAUAGAGUGACAGUUUGAUAUAGGGCCAAUUAUUUCUAGUCCUUUCCUUCAGUCCUAAAGGCUGUGAAUCUAGAUGUUACAUAGGUCUAGAUGUUACAUUUGUCAUACAGACCAGCAUUCCCAUAGCGAAUAUUUUAUUUCCUAGCUAUUUCGCUCAGUGCAACUUACUGUACAAAUUGAAGCCAUCAUGCAGUGAGCUCUCCUGACAGCCCUCACUGGUGUGAACUAAAUCAGGAAAAUUUGCUUCACGAAUUCCCGGCUCCUGCAGCGGAUUUCAAUAUACGGAUAAGAACAUUCCAAGGAGACUGUUCCCAUUCGCGGACUCAAGUCACCUUGCAUAGCGAGCCCUCAGAUAACCUGCAUCCAGAAAGGAGAUGAACCUUCCUGUGUCAGCAUGGAAAGCUUUUCCAUUAUGCAUACCCAGUUUUGCCUUCCCAAUCUGCUUCUUUCCCAUUCUGCACACACAAGGAGAUCUCUCAACUCAUUCCUCCACUGACACCAGUUUCCGGUGGCAUUCGCCUCACUAAAGUUGGAAGAGCUGAAACAACCAAGAGUCUUGUAAUGAGCUGCUAAUGAAAGGCAAAAGUUAGUUACAAGGCUGCUAGGAGCUUGUAUAGUCAUGUAUACCAUCCAAAGGUGAGAAGCUACAAACAUUGAUAGCAAGAAUUAAUUAGAAUGUUUGAUAUUUUCCCAGUAUACCCUACUGCAAAAUGGGCCUGUAAUGUUAGAUAUCCUUCUCAACAGACUAAUAUUGGAAGUAAGCUAAAGAGAGAAUGCCAACAGCCCAGUCACAUUGUUUGUUCAGAAGUAAACCCCAUGGAAUUGUAGACUGCAAUCCAGUGUACACUUACUUCUGAGUAAACAAGCAAAGGUUUAGCUGUUAAUUACUCAUGCAUUCCUACAUUUCUCUAGAUAGCACCUGUUGGCUGUAAUACAGAAUAUAUGAAUAUAUAUAUAGUAUUGCAAAGAGCACCUGGUUUCUUUGCGGUAAUGAUCCAAAUGACUCUGUGACUAUUUCCAUGCAUCCAAAAUGUUUCCCAAACAGCAGCUUCCCUCCCUGCUGUAACCCAUAGAUGGCAAACCAUUUUUGAAACAGAGGAUGUUUCGAAACCUACUUGUCAUAUAGCAUGGUAGUCUGCUGUUCAAAGCGAACUUCUUUAAAAAGAAAAUAUCUGCAACGAGCAUGCCAAAGCCCUUGGGCGUGCUUUAAGUGGUUUUUCUGGAUCCUGGCCAUGGUUUUUAGCCUUUUCAUACCCAGCCAAUGGGAGCCCUGUGCACUUUCGGCCUUCUGGAUUGUUGUCAUUGUGUGUAGCUCAGUUGAUUCUUCUACAUGACUGACACAUAGGAUGCAUUUGACUGUAUCUUUGGAAAUCCUGUUAAUCUCAUGUAGUAUAUCAGAAAAUAGAUAUGAAAUGACAUUGUCUUAAUCAUAGAUAAUCUUUCAUUUUGCCAGUAUAUGAAAACAUAGUUAAAAGACCAAGCUAGAGAUCAUUUAAUAAAAGUAUCAUUUUUUUUCAUAAAAAGUGCAUCAGAUCCAAAAUCUGCAGUUAGAUGCUAUAAUUUGGGUAUGAAGUGCAUAGGUAGACGGGAAAGAUGGAUGGAUUUAAAAAUAUAUAUGUGCAUAUUUAACCACAUUUGUUACAGUUGCUUUAAGUUAAUCCAUUUAGCCAAAUUCCACAUUUUUUUUUCUAAAUAUCAACCAUUUUUUUCCUGACCUGACCCAAAUUUAGAAUGUAUUCCACUUGGAAGUCUCGCUAGAGAAUUUCCUAAAUUGUAUGUUACAAACUAAUAAAAUUGUGAAGCUAUCUUA